AUAAAUAUUUUCAAAGGUAACAUAUUUGAUGUCAAAGGACAGGGAGCACUGUAUGAAGUUGCCUUAAACUUACGACAAAAGUACGGAGACUUGGUUCGGCUAAAACUUGGUCCAAAUAACUAUAUUGUGCUAGUUAUGGGUCAAGAGAAAAUAUCCAAGGCAGCUGUCACGAUGAACGAGUCAUUUAAAUACAGACCUACAAAUUUCUUUGCUACGAAUUACAUAUUCAAUAACCAAGGUACAAUCAUUGAUUCGACACUGAUUUUUGCAGGACUUGUUUUUUUGAAUGGCGAUGUCCAUUCUACUGUCCGAAAAUUUACACUUGGUUCCCUGAGAGAGUUUGGCGUCGGAAAAAGAAGUAUCGAAGGUCGAAUUCAAGAAGAAGCAGUAAUGCUAAGUGAAGUUUUAGAGAAACUAGAUGGAAAACCAACAUAUUAUCGUGAUACUUUCAAAAUGGCCGUCGCAAAUAUUAUAGCAGGGAUUGUCUACGGAAGCAGAUUUGAAUACAAAGAUCCGGUUUUCAUUGACCUGAUACACAAGGUCAAUGUCAUAUUCAAAGAGCUCAGUCUUUUUCUUCCCGAAAGCUUCUUACCAAUUUUACGAUUUUUCCCGGGAUCAAAGGUAAGAGUUUGCGUUUGUAACGAAAUAUAUAAAACACAGUAUACCGUGAUAAUUAAAAUAAAAGGUAUCAAGCUAUAUCUCAUGAAAUAUUGUGUAAAUAAAAUCAUGUGUUUUCAAAAUCUUCAGAGUCAUCCUCGAAAAUGUACCUUAGCUGUUUUCAAAAGUCUUGAAAAAUAUGCUAAAAGUCGUAUUGAAGAGCAUCGUGCAACCUUUGACCCCGACAAUAUCCGGGAUUUUGUGGACCUCUUCUUGAAAAAUGAAGGUGGAAGUGGAGACGACGGUAUAAAUGAGGCCAAUUUGUUCCGACUGAUUGUCGACCUCUUCAAUGCUGGCACUGACACUACAGCAAAUACCAUGAACUGGGCAAUCAUUCAUUUAAUAAAGCAACCGGAAAUUCAGAAAAAAUGCAGAAAAGAAAUCCUCGAGGUUGUAGGUACAGGAAGAAGCAUAUGUCUUAAUGACAAGAAAGAUCUUCCAUAUUUACAAGCUUUUAUAAGCGAGGUUGUGCGGUAUAGUACAAUUGCACCUCAAACAGUUCCCCAUUCUGUAAUAGAAGACACAGAGUUUGAAGGUUACACCAUACCUAAAAAUAGCGUCGUAAUGUUCAUUAUCUUCACUAUGUUGAUGGACAAAGACAAGUGGGGAGAUCCGGAUAAUUUCAGACCUGAGAGGUUCCUGUCUGAAAAAGGCGAAUUCGUUCAAGACAAGGAACACUUUGCACCUUUUAGUUUGGGUGGAAGGUCAUGUGUUGGCAAGUUUUUAGCAAAACAGGAGCUCUUCAUAUUUCUGGGGACACUGAUACAGCGGUUUUAGUUUAAAUCUCCACCCGGAAGUCCUCCGCCAUCAACGCACAGAAUUCAGACGGGGAUAACCAGCCAACCAGAAAGAUAUGAUAUAUGUGCUAUACCAUUAAAUCAUUGAAGCGUUAAACGUUAUGAUAUCGGUGCUAUACCACUAAGUCAGCGAAGUGUAAUACAUAGUGUUAUGACAUCGAUGCUGUGUCACUAAAUCAUUGAAGCGUAAAACAUUAUGAAAUAGGUGUUUACCACUAAAUCAUUGAAUUAUAUAUCACACUGUUGUGACUUCAACUUUAAAGGUGACGUAAGCUAACUAUUAAAGUGUAAAACAUAAUGUUAUAACAUUUGGGAUGUGCCACUAAAUCAAUGAAGAGUAAAAAACAAAUGCUAAACCAGUUAAAGGCAUAAUGUUAUUGCAUAUAAAAUGCUAUACCAGUUUAAAACAUAAUUUUUUAUUAUAUGAUCUAAAUAUAGCUGCAAUCUCAUUGGUCCAAACGGUAGUCAACGGAACUUUUUAUAACAUCAUAUUCACUGGGUGUAGUAUCAUAUUCACUGGCUGAAUUGGAUUUUCCCAGUCUUAAAAUAGAUUGAGACGCAUAUUUAAUGAUCAUACACCUUAGACUGUUGAUUACGCGUGUUAAUUAAAAAAUAAUUGUUGUUUUUUGUUCUUUAUAGCAUAUUUCUCGAUUAAAAUAUCAUUAAUUUACAAUUAUACUUAAAGGCUACACCGCAAUGAUGAGUAUAAACUUGUUUUUUUUUGUAUGAGCAGCGUUCGCAUAGUCGUUGCACGCCUAACACGUGCGUCUUUUUUCCCGCGCUUUAACGAGGCAAAAUUUGUACAUGUAUAUAAGGUUGUACUUUUUUGUGAUUUUUUUAUUAUUUCUUAGCCUAUUCAUAUUAUAAAGCAAUUAUUAACUAGUGAGCCAUUGAAUAUGAUGUGAUAUUCACCGGCAAAAAGUCAUAUUGACCUCGGCUACCGCCUCGGUCAAUAUGUCAUCUGCCGGUGAAUAUCACAUCAUAUUCAAUGGCUCACUAGUCAAUAAUUGUAUAAUAAUAAACAAAUGCUAUACCAAGUAAAAACAUAAUGUGAUGACUUAUAAAUGCUAGACCAGUUUAAAACAUAAUGUUAUAAUAUAUAUAAUUUAUGCUUUACCGGUUGAAAACAUAAUAUUUGACAUAGAAAAUGCUAUGCCAGUUAAAAACAUACAGUUAUGACAUAUAAAAUGAUAUACUAUUUAAAACAUAAUGUUUGACAUACAAAAUGCUAUACCAGUUCAAACAUAA